AUGGCGAAUAGUAUUAUCAACGGACAGUCACGGCAGUCACAUCGCGAAUACGACCACUGGACCAUCGGUAAAGAUCUUGACCGUUUUAAGAAGCAAAGUCGAAAGGAAGCGGAAACGGUGUGCACUCAGCAUGAGACCAGUAACAAGCCCCACGAAGCCUCCUACCCGCAAAUUCGUCGACCGCUGCCGUGCAGUCUUUCACGGAAAUUUAUUGAGAAGAAAUCUUGUUCUGCUUCACAUUCUAUGAGUGAAAUUGGGUCUUCUACAAAGGUUGCAUUUCCAUCUAUUCCGUUUCCUAAAAAAGCGCAUCUGUACUUCUCGACCGUUUCUUCUUUGCCUGCAACAAGCUCAGAAUCGCCGAACUCUUCUCCAUCUUUUCUUUAUUCAUUUUCAAUAAUGCUACAGAAUACUUCGAAAGCUUGUGAUUUUCACCAGAAGGUUGAAAAUCUGUCUUCUAGAGGAUGUGAAAUUAUGUGUUCUCCAUCUCAUUCUCGAAAGAGCGUGCAGCUCAUGCCUCCGCCUCUUCCAUCUAAAAGUAUAAAUGGUGAUUAUUCUGUGAAAACAUGUACAACGUUUCUUGCACGGAAUGUUCAAGAAACACCCUCAACCCCAAUUUCUGAUGAGUGUGUAUUGUUGAAUCGUGAGGAAAUUGUAAUGGUUGGAAAUCAGUCGUCCAAGGGCCGUGAAAGUGCGGUCAGUCCAUCUCAAUCCCGAACGAGGGUUCGGCUCAUGCCUCCACCUCUUCCAUCUGAAAAUAUGAAUAGUGAUUAUUCCAUGAAAAUAAGUGCUCCGUCUCUUGUACUAAAUCUUCAAGAAACAUCCUCGAAAUCAAUCCCCGCUGGACAUAUGAAGCGGAGUCGUGAAGAAACUUCACUGAUUGGGAAUCAGUCGUCCAAAGUAUAUGAAAUUACGGGUCCUCUAUCUCAGUCUACAAAGAGAGAACAACUCUUAACUUCACCUCUUCCAUCUAAAAAUGUGAAUCGUAAUUACUGUAUGGAGAAAUCUACUCAGGGUCAUAUACCAAGUGUUCAUGAGACUUAUGAAACUGCCUUGGCAUCAGCGUCAACUGAACAUACGAAGCUGCAUCGUGAAGAAUUACCAACGAAAACUUCUUCGCACGGGCCUGCUGAUGCACCGAGUGAGAAGACCGAGUGGAACGAAUGUCAGAAUUUGGUUUACCUGUACAAGCGUGGUGCUAAAAUUUUUACUUUGGACAAUAUUCCUGUUGAGGAGUUGUGGUAUAAAGAGGCUUUCGUUGCCCAGAAAAACCUAAUGGGGAGGAGUUCUGCCGUAGCAUCUCAUGGCUGCAGAUGCACGAAUAAUUAUCAGAAACAACUCCACGAUUCUUUGAGAGGAUUGAUGAAGUUAUUAAAGGCUAUCGUGGGUGAAAAUGGUUUCUGGAAUGGUGAUUGUAAGGACUGUGUGAUAAUUUCCAGCUAUUCAUUGAAAUCUGAGUGUAGUGAUCUGAAUGAUCUCACAAACCUAAAGUACCCAAAAGCGGCGAAUCAUAGGACGGCCAACUACACCUUCGCCGUACAUGUGCGUAAUCGUAGUCAAGCAGCUGUACUCGCAGCUGCAGUUGUUUUACAGAUCACGGAUGGGUCGUCCGUUGAGAAACAAACCAGCGGCUGGCCAUAUCAACAACAACAGCCCUGUGUAGAUCGUGACCGAGUGAGGUUGCCUCAUUCGUGCAAUGUGCCACUGAAGAAGAUCCAUCUCGGUACGAUGACGAAUACCCCAUAUCGAGAAGAUGGACAACUCUGGACCAUCGAGCUGGAUCAUCGGCUCUGA